CCGAGGGAGCCGCUCAGCUCGGUUAGCACGCGGGGGCUCGCGGGCAGGUUUCGACGAUCAGGCCAUGAGGACUUUCCCCAAAAACAGGAGCUGCGAGGUUUACAGCGUAUCCGGUUCGGGACUCUGCACACCUGCAUGCUCACCUGCACAGGACGUUGUAAAGGAGCCCUUCCAGUUACCAAGCCCCGCUAACAGCAAGACUCAGGCUGGAUCAGACAUCAAGCGGCCAGGGGACGAGAGAGCCACCUUCAGGGCAUGGAGGAGGUGGGCACUGAGUGCCGCCCCCCUCAUCCCCCUCUCUGCUGCCGUCGCGCUGACUCUCCACUUCUUUGCAUCUUCUCCAUCUCCCUCAGUGUUCUUUCUGGGAGGAAGUGUGGAGUUUUCCAACCUCAGCUUCACACCGGAGCUGACUGAUCCGUCCUCCACCCAGUUCCACGUCCAGUCUCAGGCACUCAUCCACCACUUCUCAGAGUUAUAUAAGUCAUCACCCUGGUGGUCAUAUUACCGGCGCACAGAAAUCGUCGCCUUUAGUGAAGGAGUGAAUGGACUGAACGUGUUCUUCUGGACCAAGUUCUCUGCUCCGUCAGCUGCCGUUGCGGAGGAGCUCCAGAGAAUGAAGCCUGCGUGGAUGCAGCGCCGCCUGCCCGGCUCUAACAAGGUCCUGUACAGCCGCCUGGAGGAGCAGUACUACCUGGAGAAAGAUGAAGACACGCUCAGGCUGCUGGGCUUGAGCUUAGAUGACAAUGAAGAUGAAGAUGAUGACUCUGAUGACAAAGCGGACAAGAUAAAGAAUCCAAACUCUCUGCAGGGCGGCAAGUGGCAGCUUGGACUUCAGGCCAUGUCUUUUGACCUCUAUGCCAAGUAUGGAAAUAAUCGCACACUGAGUCUGGUGAGCCCAAAGAAGCCUUAUUACCAGUGGAGGCUGAGAGUGCCCUCUGGUCACGUCGUUCGGCUGGACGUGGUCACUCUACAGGGAGCGACACCUGGGAGCUGCUCAGCCAAUAAACUUUCUGCAUAUGACUUCCUUCUGCCUCUCCAGAAUAAGAUCAUUGCCAGGUGGUGCGGCUUUCCGGUGUCUGGAUCGUCACCUGUUAUGAAACUGACAUCAUCUGGAAAUGUCAUGCUGGUCACCUUUUCCUUCAGUCGACAAAGACAUGGAGCCAUCUUCAAGGCCUACUUCCAGGCUAUACCAAAAGCUGAAUGUGGAGGCUUCCUCUCUGCUUGGAAUGGUUCGGUGGUGUCUCCUUACUAUCCUGCCUACUACCCUCCGAACGUGGACUGCAACUGGAAGAUCAGGGCUCCGUUGCCAAGCUACCUGCUCUCCAUAACCAUUGUGAUGCUGGACAUUCAGGACUCGCCCACCCCAAGCAGCUGCGAGAAAGACUGGCUGGAAAUCGGCGGUGUCAAGCUGUGUAAUCCAAUUGGGGACAGCAGCAGGAAGAGGAUCUACUCAUCCCCCGUUUUACUACACUUUCACUCAGACGAGUCUCUAACUCACAAGGGAUUUUACCUGGUCUACAGGGCUUUCUCCCCGGAGAGCACGUGUCCGAGACAGUUCCGCUGUGGAGACGGACGCUGUAUUCCUCUGAGGAAAGUGUGUGACGGCGAGAAGGACUGUGCAGACGGCCGGGAUGAGGCGAAGUGUUCUAUGUGCAAACCAGGAGAGGUAUACUGUGGGAGUGGACAAUGCAAACCACAUGGGAGCCAGUGCAACCUGCAGGUCACAUGUGGAGACAGCAGUGAGGAAUCGAACUGUGCAGCUAAGUGCCACCAUGUGUGCCCAAAUAAAAUAUGCUUGUCCAAAUCUGCCAUGUGCGAUGGAAUCAUAGACUGCAAGGAUCGCAGUGAUGAGCUCAACUGCACAAGAGCAUUUCAUAAAGGUUGCUCUCCCACUUCCUACAAAUGUGCAAAUGGCAAGUGUAUCAGCAAGGUGAAUCCGGAGUGUGACGGCAUUAAAGACUGCAAGGAUGGUUCAGACGAGUUGCGCUGUGGCUGUGGGACGCGUCCCAGGAAAAGGGCCAAGAUCGUGGGGGGCAGAGAUGCUCAGGCUGGCUCGUGGCCGUGGCAGGUCAGCCUGCAGAUGGAACGCUACGGUCAUGUGUGUGGAGCCUCGUUGGUGGGUAGCCGCUGGCUCCUGUCCGCCGCCCACUGCUUCCAGGACUCAGAUGCCAUUAAAUACUCUGAUGCUCGUGCUUGGAGGGCCUACUUAGGCAUGCGAGUCAUGAACACAGCCAGCAACGCUGCGGCCACCCGGCAGAUCCGCCGCAUCGUCCAGCACUCCCAGUACGAUCAGUUCACCUCAGACUACGACAUUGCUCUGCUGGAGCUCAGCGCCCCUGUCUUUUUCAAUGACUUGGUCCAGCCCGUCUGUGUGCCUGCCCCAUCCCACGCCUUCACCUCUGGAACCACCUGCUUCGUCACCGGCUGGGGCGUCCUCACUGAGGAAGGUGAGCUGGCCACAUUGCUGCAGGAGGCCACCGUCAGCAUCAUCAAUCAUAAAACCUGCAACAAAAUGUACGAUGACGCUGUCACUCCCAGAAUGAUCUGUGCAGGGAAUAUACAGGGAGGAGUCGAUGCCUGUCAAGGAGACUCUGGAGGACCCCUGGUGUGUCUGGAGCGAGGGCGGAGGUGGUUUCUGGCCGGCAUUGUGAGCUGGGGGGAGGGCUGCGCCCGGCAAAACCGGCCUGGGGUUUACACACAGGUCAUCAAGUUCACAGACUGGAUCCACCAGCAGACUAAAGGCCAGGUGUGACACCUGCACACAUAGCUUGGAUCAUAACAUCAUGAUUUGCACAUGCUCCGUUGUUCUUCACGGGCAUCAAGCCAGUCCCCAUGGUGCGUAGUGAUGCAGCGAGCUUCAGCAUGUUUUCUACGAAGGAACCCGCCAAGCCACAUCUGUAUAACCACUGCCCACAUGUCCACCUCAUACAUCUCUGUUCAGUAAGGCUUCAUGUUGUCCAGGACACCCAACAGUUCACCCAACAUUCCAAGACCAGCCCUUGAAUGACGGACCAUUAGUUUAGUGCUUAAAUGUUCAGUUUGAAGAACGCCAUUUUCAUUAUAUGCAGUGGAAUGAGUUCUCUUCGAGAGUUUGUUUCUGUUUGUAUAAUUUGCAUGUGCUGAGUCACUAGUAGCAUACAUGUAUUCAUAUUAAUGCCUUGAAUGAUAUUUCUAGAUUUAAUUACCCCUUACUGGUGCACCAUUGUAUCUCGUCAGUUUAUAAAUGCCAUAUUGAGACACUGUGAAAUUGAUUACAUGUCAAGGAAUCGUGAUCAGUUUUAAGCUCUAUAUUUUUCUUUCCGUUUCACUGCUACUCCUGAUAUUCAUUCCUACAGCACCCCCUGUCAGUGAGACA